AUGAUUCAACGAGGAGAAACUUGGAGAACUGUCUCACAGCAAAAUCUGACGGUCAGCUGUCCCGUCAAACACUGUGGAGAAUCACUGAAGAUCAGCUGGUGUAAAAUACUCAACCCAAGCACCUGUGAAAGGAUCAGUGAAUGUGGAAAUGUGGAAAUGUGGAAAACACAGAAUCAUGUUGGAGAUGAGCUGAUCUCAUAUUUAAGUUUCAAGCAGGUUUCCAUUCAUGAUGAUGGCCUGUACAGAUGUAGUGUAGCAGUAGGACACAGUGAGAGAAUAAUCAGCCAUGCCAUCAACAUCUCAGUAUCAGACCUACACCAGUGGGCUGAAAACUCUGAUAAUAAUAAUGAUAAUAAUCCAGGCGAGCUGUUGGCAGCUGCUGACAACAAGACUGUCUGGCUGCCCUACUUCUGCAUUCGCUUGGCUCUUGUGGUUCUCACAGUGACCGUGUUAACCCUCAUCAGUCUAUAUGCCUGGAAACGAAAUGCCCAUUCUUAUGACAGCAGAACUCCCUAAGUGGAGCCCUCCUCCCACGCCUGUCCUGCAAACCCAGUUCUCUGUUCUGAAUGACAUCUCCUCUUCAUGGACUGCAGAAACACCAAAAUCACCAGC